GUCUGUAAUAGGGCAAAGGGUAGACACAGGCAUAGGCAGGAGGCCGGUCGGUACCUUGUAUCUGUACCAUCUAUCUGUGACUCCGUAAGCAGCAUAAUAAAGCAUUCAGUUUCAAUGUCUUGUGAGUAUCAUCAAAAUAUCUCCAAAAGAAGAAGGAUUCGACGAAAGCAAGCAAUAGCAACACCACCAGACCAGAAUGCGUCGUUCAAAGCACCCUAGGAUUCAGAAGUCAAUAAAAUUCGGUCCAAAGAACGUCAUGUCUAGGAAGAGAACUCGUGAAGAAAAUAUGCUGCAGUUUAGGACGUCGUCCCAACUCAGAAGCUAUCAGGAUUUAGUCCACAACAUUCCUUCAGAGCGAAAGAUUCGUCUUACUGAAAUAAUCUGGAUAGGAGAACUAAUUCAUUUGAACAAUUAUCCUCCCAAUGAGCAGCUCUACCUUCUAGAAGCCACUUCUAGUCGUGUCAAACUAGGAAUCACAGUAUCUGAAUACUGUUCUGAGUGUAUGCCUUAUAUAUUCUUCGUUGAGCAUGGAGGCUGGAAAGUCAUUCCAGUCGAGCAAUGUUCUUGCUCUUAAUAUUCUUGUUAACUGUUGAGUUUGUACCUCUGCAUACUCUGCGUGUUAUUAUUCUAUGUAUCUUUGUUUGGUACUUUAUAAUAAAAAGUCUUUCUGAUUUGCCUUGAAUAUUCAUUAUGGAUCGAUCUGAUCAAGAUCUUACGGUAAGAAUUCUGUCUCAUAUUCUUCGUUUAACUCGUUUGGAUAGACAGGAUUCAGCUGUAGAAGCUUUAAAGUCUGUAGGCUUAGAAACUCUCAAUCAUUUCGAUAGAGUUUUAGAGUCUGUCAUAAGUCGUUGUGAUAACAAUAGUCUGUUAAUCAAACUAGAAGAAUGUAGAGCCUGUGUUAUUAGGGCUAUUCAUGAGUCUUUACAGGAUAGGAUUCGUAGGAAUCGUUAGUCUCAAUCUGUGUUUUAAUCUGUAUAAUCCGCGUGUGAAAAUUUUUUACGAAAUCUUUAGUGAUACCAGUAGUCUUGAUUUCGAACUAGAUGACUAAGGAAAACCCUAAUGCUACCUUUAUUAGAGUAAAGGUGUUUAACAAGGAAGUCAUGGCUUACAUAGACACUGGAGCUAGUGUUUGUUUUGGAAAACCCAGUUUACUACCCCCAAGCCUUUGGAAAAAGAUGGAGAGACCACUAGAAAUCAUAAUCGCAGAUAAGUCAGUCAUUAGAAUCUCGGAAAGAGCAGAGUUUCUAACAUUAGUAAUACAAGGCUAUAGAUUCCCAAUACCUAGUAUAAUACAAACAGGAUGCAGGAAUGGAAUUAAUCAUUGGAAACAACUUUUUAAGACUGUAUCAACCUUUUACACAAAAAAUAAAAACGGUAGAAUUGACAUGUCCCGCUUUAGAACAUCAAAAGAGAACAGUCGUAGAAAUUCCUAUAGAACACUCUAGUAUUGUAAGAAAGAUAAAAAUUAUAAGGAUUAUGACAGGAGUUUUUAGAAGUCUAUCGAUUAGAACUACAGAAUUGGAAACAGAAAGGUUGUUAGAAUCAGUCACUAGUGAGGACCCCUUAGAUGAAAACCAAAAAUAGAAACCAAAUGAUAGUAGAAAUAAAACUAAAAGACGAGAAUGCCGAAAUAAAAGUCCCCAAUAAUAUCCCAUACACAAUUAAAGAUGUAGAGGAAUUCAAAGAAGAAUGUGCUAAACUAUUGGAAUUAGGAAUCAUCAGGCCAAGCAAGACUAGACACUCAGCACCAGCCUUUUAUGUGGAUAAUCAUAAUGAGCAAAAACGAGGAAAACGUAGGAUGGUAAUAAAUUACAAAAGGAUGAACGAAGCUACUCAUGGAGACGCUUAUAACCUACCUCGAAAGGAUUACAUAUUAGCAAAAAUUAAGGAUUGCGAGUGGUUUAGUACAUUAGUUGCUAAGUCUGGAUACUGGCAGAUUAGACUAGAAGAAAAGACAAAGGAAUUGACAGCCUUCACAUGUCCACCUCGGCGGCAGUACGAGUUUAAUGUACUACCCUUUGGUUUAAAACAAGCACCUUCUAUUUAUCAACGUUUUAUGGAUGAAAAUCUACUAGGACUUGAGCAUAUUUGUCUUGCUUAUAUUGACAACAUUAUUAUUUUCACAAAAGGAGAAAAAGAAAGUCAUUUUAAGGGCCUGUUUGGUUUCAAGAUGAUAUUUUAAAAUCACAAUUCUAACUUAACUCUACCCACUACAAAACAAAAUAACUCAUACAAAAUCAAAGAUUGGAUCCCAUUUAUAUUAUUUUUUUCCACAACAAAACAACAUAACAUAUACAAAGUCAAAGGGUGGGUCCCAUUUAUACCACUCAAAAUCAAAAUUUGAUUUUAAAAUCCUACUAUGAAACUAAACGCAACCUAAAGCAUUGAAAACAGUUUUACAGAGAUGUCAUGAAAAGGGAAUUAUUAUUUCAAGGAAAAAGGCAGUUCUUUGUCAACAAGAAAUCGAUUUUCUAGGAUUAAACAUUAAAAAAGGAGGAGAAUAUUCUCUACAGCCUCAUAUUUUGGAAAAACUAUAUUUAUUCCCUGAUAUUAUGGAAGAUAGAAAGCAACUCCAACUAUUUCUCGGAAAUUUGAAUUAUAUUUCUGAUCAAGGAUGGAUUAAGGAUUUAGCAAAAGAAAGAAAGGAGCUUCAGAAAAAGAUUUCAGAAAAGUUCGUUUGGAGAUGGACGGAUGAUGAUACAAAAAGAGUACAGGUUUUGAAAAAUCUCUGCAAAAAUCUUCCAACCUUAUAUAACCCAUUUAUGGAUGAUUUGAUAAUCGUUUCAACAGAUGCAAGUUCCGAUACUUGGAGUGCCGUGAUGACAGCAGUGCCUAACCAGGCAUCAAAUGUAAAACGAUUCCUGUCUCUUAUGAGAUCAAGUCCUCCUCCCUCGGGAGAAGCGACUGGCUUGCCAGUUCGAAAACAUAUGUAUUACGAACCUUCGGGUUCACCAGCCUCCAUUGGAGAGAAAUUCCUUUCUUUGAAAGGUCCACGUGUACAACGUGAAGGGUUUGACUUGGAUGAAAAGUCCAAGGAAAUUCCAUUACGAUUGCAUUGGAAUACAGAGCGCCCCGCUCAAACUUUUAUAACAGCUUCUGUUUUACAGGAAAAAUUGUGCAAAUACGUAUGUGGAUCAUUUACAAAAACAGAACAAAAUUAUACCACGCAUGAAAGAGAACUUCUUGCAGUCAUUAAGACUUUCCGGAAAUGGAGAGUUGAUCUACUGCCUAGGGAAUUCAUUCUGAGAACUGACUCCAUGUACGUCACCAAAUUCAGGAAUUUAAAGUGACACAAGCCAGGAUACAACCAAGGAAGACUCAUUCGGUGGCAAUUGGAACUCGAGCCAUACACCUUCAAGGAAGUACACAUCAAAGGACAACAGAAUCAUCUUCCGGACACCCUCACGAGAGAAUGGAAGCCAUAAAUAUGAUCGACCAGCAGAUAGAACACAAGUCAAAGGAAAUUCAGAAGCUCUCAAAGGAAAUUCAGGAUCUCCGCACCGCAAGGACGACGCUAGCAGCCACCUUUGGAAUCACAUCAGAAGAACCAACCAUCUGUAAGGAUGACGUCAUUGAAGCCCCACUACCAAGGCCUAAAACUAACUGGGCUAAGGAAGUGGAAGAAGAAGAAGUCAAGACUAAGGAACGACAAAAUGUGGAAUCCCAGCUUUCCACACUUUCGAGGAUGACAAUCAGGAGCUCCAAUGAAAAGAAGUAUUACGUUAUUUUCAAUGGACCUAUGGAAGGAAUCUUCGACGACUGGAGUAAAGCUGCACUUCCCAUCAAUGGAAAACAAGGAGUUGUACACAAAAGCUACAACUCACUGGACGACGCGAAGAAAGCAAUCAAGGAAUACGAGGAGGAGUCGAGCAAAUCCUUUGCUCAAAAGUUGCUGGUCCCAGCUCCAGCAGCUUCAAUCAAUAGACUACGAAGCCUUGGAAAAAUUCCAUCAGCAACAAAGCCAUCAUUGGAAGAACCAUCCACGAUCUCAACUAUUCCAACCAAGUCGACCGUGGACGCCGCACGAAAAAUCACAAUGGAGAAAUUUAAAGAGCGAUUCUUAUCACUUGUCCACUACAAGGAGGAAUACAAAGCACAUCACUUUUAUCCCGUAUGGAGAGGAGACUAUGGCCCUAAAGUCGUAGUCUUGCCAGAAGCAUCUGGACUCACAGUAUGGGAAUUCUUCGCUAAUGGACUUGUCGACACCAUUUACGCUCAGUCUACCACAUUCCAGGAGCAAUUCUCGCUGUUCCCACAGCGAGUUCUAGAAACAAUUCGCCAUUUUAAUAACCGUGUUUUAAAAGGACAACCUAUGUAUUUUAAAACUUUUUCUGUAUACCCGUCAUUUUUGGAGGGGGGAGAGAUACUCAAACCCUCUUUCGCACUUGGAUGCAUCGGCAGGAGCAACGAGAUGUUUCAGCCUAUAGAAGUCGCACCGGAAUACGCUCAAGAAGACAAAUUCAGAGAUUUGUUCUACAUCAACAACUACACUGGACUCUGCAAACGACUACAGCGAAUCAAAGAGGAAACCAAAGUGAACUACAAGUCGAAGACCAUUUUAUUAUACUCCGUUUAUGUAAAUCACACUCUCAGUCCGCAAAUGGAGAAAACUAUCCAGGAGUUCGAAAGACCUAUCCUGGAUUUGGAACACUGCAAGCCCCGUCUCAAGGAAGCCCUCUGUAUGGCGCUGAAUGGAUCACAGGAUGGAGAAUGGGUGGGAAAUCACAGAUGUACCAUCUGUACUCCACCUUUAGAAGCCCAGAAGGAGGAAGCCCAUGGACAAAGCCCAGAAGGAUCGGACUCUGGGUCCAUCGAACUAGUGAUGGAAUGAUUACAACAGGACGACAUCAGUAAAAGAAGCCGAUACAGACUAGUGGGCUGUCAAAUAGGACAGCACCUGUUUUCAACGGGAUCCAAUGCGCUAUAACGUCAGCGCUUACGUCUUCUUUUGCUGAUGUCGUCCUGUUGAAAUCAAAAUCAAAAUCAAAAUCAAAGUAAUUUUAACUCUGAAUCCAAACGGUAAUCAAAAUCAAAGUAAUUUUAACUCUGAAUCCAAACGGUCCCUUAAAGCUCCAGCAAUGUCACCACAGUCAAAGAUGACGACUCUUGGCAGAAUAGCAACUAUUUCAAGUAUCCCCACCAGGGAGAAGGUAGAAGAGAUGAAGAAGGUGACCAAGCAGAAGAAGUUUAAGGAUUGCUUUGCUUCCCUGAUUAAUUAUACGGAAGAAAGCAAAUUGAAGCAUUACUACCCGGUAUUUAGAGGAGAUUACGGACCCAAAGCCGUGAUCCUUCCAGAAGCAGAAGCAUUAACUACUUGGGAGUUCUUCUUUAAUUUUUGCAACGUGACUUUCUUCACCUUUUUCUUUUCUUUUCUUUAUAUAUUCAUUUAAUUCGUCCAUAACUUUUGUAGAACCACCACUCUCUUGUUCGAGUAUUCUUUAACUGAUAUCUAUUAAGCUUUUCAAUUCUGCUA